CACCAUGCGAUCAAUUGUCAAUUCUAAACAUGUAUUGUUUACUCUCUAACUCAUAGUCUAUUUUUUGCGCGCAUAUGACAGACAAGUGGUGGUCUUAGCACGUCUCUGCAAUCGAACGACUAAAAUGAUCCAGUCACGUAGAAAAACGAAUCAUGACUCUCGAGUCAGUAAAAAGAAUCGUUAAAAAAGAACGAAUCAUUCGCGAACUGCACAUCACUACCCUAUAGUAACCUCGCCCGUCACUUCCAUAAACGACCAUCAGUUAUGCAGUGAGGCUACUCUGCUGCAUCCCACACCGCUGUCAAUAUGCGUGUUUUGUGGGGUGGAUUUAUCAUCUAUUUCAUUGCAAUUUAGAACAAUGGUCCGGGAUCCUUUUGCUAGGUAGAAGCAAGCUAGCAGGCUAUGAGUCAGAGAGCUAUCCGUUUGAACAAAAUGAUUGAACAUGGCAUUCGACAGAAUUUGCUAUGCCUUAGCACCAUCACAAACCAGUUGAGUGCUGAACAUAUUUGAAUGAGAGUGGGCUUAGGCGGCCAUGGACCUGUUCAGCCAGCUCAUCCUUGUCAUCUCGGUCACCAGUUUCCUCUCCUUCCAGUGGCUCUUCCACCGGGUCAGUCCCUGGGUCUCCAGCCGUGUCAGCCCUGGCUUCUUACGCCUUGCAGACAAGCAGAAGGUGGAGUGGAACUCAAGGACAGUGUCCACGCUUCAUGCCCUUGUGGUGGGACUCUUCUGUCUCUACAUCCUGCUCUUUGAUGACGCCAUCAAUGAAGACCCCGUCUGGGGAGAUCCCACACUUGUGAAGAUAAAUGUUGGCGUGACAACAGGCUACCUCAUAUCUGAUCUGCUGCUAAUAUUUUACUAUUGGAAGGCGAUAGGCGACAAGUUUUUUGUAGUGCACCACCUGGCAGCGUUAUAUGCUUACUACUAUGUACUGGGACAUGGAAUGUUGCCUUAUUUUGCUAACUUCCGUCUGCUUGCAGAGUUCUCCACGCCGUGUGUCAACCAGCGCUGGUUCUUUGAAGUGUUAGGUUACUCCAAGUCCUCCAGGCCCAACAUCGCUAAUGGGAUGGCCAUGGCCGUUGUCUUCUUCCUGGUUCGCAUUGCCGUCAUGCCCCUCUACUACAGCCGCAUGUGGUCCGUGUAUGGCACCGAAGCCUUCUACCGCGUCCCGCCGGAAGGCCGCGCUGCCUGGAUCAUCUCCAGCAUCUGUCUGGAUGUCAUGAACGUCAUGUGGAUGCACAAGAUCGCCCGCGGCUGCUACAAGGUUAUGCGCUCGGCCCGACGACACAAAGUGGGGACACAGGAGAACGGAAAGGCUGAAUAAAAAGCAAGAGGAUGGUUGAUGUUAUGGGUAAGGAGAGCCCAUUGAAUCACCCCUUUUAGUGCUAAUUGGAUUAGUAACUUUACCUAACUGGGACUACUGUUUCAGUGUCAACUAACUUACAAAAAGCUAAGUCUUGCACUGACUGAACUUUAUGGUAGUAGACGCAGGACAUUGAUGUGGACAAAGGGGCAAUAUCUUGGGCAGUGAUGUGUAUAACUGCCUCUUAGCAAUACUUCCUGUGCAUGGCAAAUGUAUUUUUCUGUUGCAUUUUAUCACAAAACGGCGUGUCUGGGAUGAAGUCUGUUUUUCCCAAACGCUUCACUAAGUCAAACGUUUACUGCUUGUUCAAGACCAUAGACUCAAAUGUGUGAAUGGUCCUGUGCUCCCCAAAACAACUUGAAGCACCUCCCUUUCAUUUGCAUUUUUAUAUACAUUUGAAGUCGGAAGUUUACAUACACCUUAACCAAAUACAUUUCAAUUCAAGUGUAUAUAAGUUUAGGUUUUUCAUAAUUCUUGACAUUUAAUCCUAGAAAAAUUCCCUGUCUUAGAUCAGUUAGAAUCACCACUUUAUUUUAACAAUGUGAAAUUUCAGAAUAAUAGUAGUGAUUUAUUUCAGCUUUUAUUUCUUUCAUCAGAUUCCCAGUGGGUCAGAAAUGUACAUACACUCAAUUAGAGGUCGACCGAUUAUGAUUUUUCAACGGCGAUACCGAUACCAAUUAUUGGAGGACAAAAAAAGCCGAUACCGAUUAAUCGGCGAUUUCUAAAAUGUAUUUGUGAUAAUGACAAUUACAACAAUACUGAAUUAACACUUAUUUUAAAUUAAUAUAAUACAUCAAUAAAAUCAAUUUAGCCUCAAAUAAACAAUGAAACAUGUUCAAUUUGGUUUAAAUAAUGCAAAAACAAAGUGUUGGAGAAGAAAGUAAAAGUGCAAUCUGUGCCAUGUAAGAAAGCUAACGUUUAAGUUCCUUGCUCAGAACAUGAGAACAUAUGAAAGCUGGUGGUUCCUUUUAACAUGAGUCUUCGAUAUUCCCAGGUAAGACGUUUUAGGUUGUAGUUAUUAUAGGAAUUAUAGGACUAUUUCUCUCUAUACCAUUUCUAUUUCAUAUACGUUUGACUAUUGGAUGUUCUUAUAGGCACUUUAGUAUUGCCAGUGUAACAGUAUAGCUUCUGUACCUCUCCUCGCUCCUACCUGGGCUCGAACCAGGAACACAACGCCAAUUUGGCCCGUUCCUCCUGACAGAGCUGGUGUAACCGAGUCAGGUUUGUAGGCCUCAUUGCUCGCACACGCUUUUUCAGUUCUGCCCACAAAUAUUCUAUAGGAUUGAGGUCAAGGCCUUGUGAUGGCCACUCCAAUACCUUGACUUUGUUGUCCUUAAGCCAUUUUGCCACAUCUUUGGAAGUAUGCUUGGGGUCAUUGUCCAUUUGGAAGACCCAUUUGCGACCAAGCUUUAACCAAGCUUUUAAUGUUGCUUCAAUAUAUCCACAUAAUUUCCCCGCUCCAUGAUGCCAUCUAUUUUGUGAAGUGCACCCAGUCCCUCCUGCAGCAAAGCACCCCCACAACAUGAUGCUGCCACCCCCGUGCUUCACGGAUAAGAUGGUGUUCUUUGGCUUACAAGCCUCUCCCUUCUUCCUCCAAACAUAAUUAUGGCCAAACAGUUCUGUUUUUGUUUCAUCAGACUAGAGGACAUUUCUCCAAAAAGUACAAUCUUUAUCCCCGUUUGUAGUUGCAAAACAUAUUCUGGCUUUUUUAUGGCGGUUUUGGAGCAGUGGCUUCUUCCUUGCUGAGCGGCCUUUCAGGUUAUGUCAAUAUAGGACUCGUUUUACUGUGGAUAUAGAUACUUUUGUACCUGUUUCAUCCAGCAUCAUCACAAGGUCCUUUGCUGUUGUUCAGAGAUUGAUUUACACUUUUUGCACCAAAGUACGUUAAUCUCUAGGAGACAAAACGCUUCUCCUUCCUGAGCGGUAUGAUGGCUGCGUGGUCCCAUGGUGUUUAUACUUGCGUACUAUUGUUUGUACAGAUGAACGUGGUACCUUCAGGCAUUUACAAAUUGCUCCCAAGAAUGAACCAGACUUGUGGAGGACUACAAUUGUUUUUCUGAGGUAUUGGCUGAUUUCUUUUGAUUUUCCCAUGAUGUCAAGCAAAGAGGCACUGAGUUUGAAGGUGGGCCUUGAAUUUUCCAAGCUGUUUAAAGGCACAGUCAAUUUGUGUAUGUAAAAUUCUGACCCACUGGAAUUGUGAUUACAGUGAAUUGUGAAAUAAUCUGUCUGUAAACAAUUGUUGGAAAAAUGACUUGUGUCAUGUACAAAGUAGAUGUCCUAACCGACUUGCCAAAACUAUAGUUUGUUAACAAGACAUUUGUGAAGUGGUUGAAAAAACAAGUUUUAAUGACUAGGAUGGAGGUUCCUUGAUGUGCAGAAGGGCAUGAGACAAAGGAAUGUGUAACAUUGGGGAAAGUAGUGGUAUGUGUUAAUUGUAGGGGUGCCCAUUGGGCACAAGUAGGGGUGCCCAUGGGGUACAAGAAAUGUGUGAAGUGGUUGAAAAACAAGGUAUAAUGACUCCAAACUAAGUGUAUGUAAACUUUCGACUUCAACUGUAUAUAUUUUCUGGUUGCCUGAAUCACAGAGGUUGAAUAUAAACAUUUUGAACACAGAAGAACCAAUGCAGGAAGUAUUUCAGUAAUGGUCUGUGUCAUUAAAAAGCCCAUGCUGCUGUCUGUCUGCUGAGGGAGGACAGAGUGUAGCAACUUCCCCUUUAAACCCAAACACAGUGUCUGUAAGAACUGGAUGGACAUCUAGUGCAAUUAAACCUUGAUUCCUUUCAGCUCAACUCUAUCUCAUUCACUCUCAAGGAGUCACUCUGAAACUGAGCCAAUGCUGAAGAAGACCUACGGUAUAUAUCCUUGCUCAAAUGGAGUAAGGCCUCUCUCCACUCCAUGGGGAAAAAGGGAAAGUUAAAGAGGAAAUGGAUGAAUGCAUUUUGCUGGUAUCGUCAUAGGAAAUGGCGUGCUGCUUGCCUGAGAAAGAGGAUAUUGAAAGAGAACUUGAGAACGUGUCAGUUGAAGCGAUAGGGAAAUGCCUCGUGAGCAUUGUUAGCUGGAUUCUGACAUUCUUCUCAGAUUUUAUUUGCUCAGAUAUAAUACAUGAGCUUUUUGUCCUCAACAUUUCAAUAAUUUGAGAGUUUAAAUGCCAUAAUCUCAUAAUGUGUAUGGUCACAAGUUGUUUUUCUCUUUCUAAUUUACAAGCAUACUGUCUGUCAACAUACAUGCACUGUCAACCGGGGCAUGCUGCAGCAAUUAACUUUCAGUACUGGGUGUCAGAUCAAUAUGAAACUAGAGUUUCCUCCAUUUUUGGAUGAGGGGCCAUUGAGACAAUGUUAUUGGAUGAGUAUGUCCCUUGUUCUAGGAUCUUGGGGUAAGGAACUUCUUCUGAACUGUAUCAAAUGUUAUUUAUUUUUUACCAGUUAUAUACUGGGGCAGCACGUCAAUGUUUGUACCUACAUAUAUUAUUUAAGGAGAUGAAUGACAGAGGUAUUCACAAUGUACAUUUAUGAGGAAAAGCUUUCAUGAUACAGUGACAUGCAUUUAUAAUCAAUGUUAUAUACCUGCUUUUCUCACUGAGCAGUUGAGUAUAGUACACACACACACACGACGUACAUGUACAGUCUUUGGAAAAGAGGGUGUGUCGUACUACAUUAGUAUUUUACUGACUGAAUGACUAUUUAACACAAAGUAGAAUGAGGACAAAUGUUUGUGAGGAUAAGGAACUACUAGCAUUGUCCUCAUCCAAAUGAAAAGUUGACUUUUCAAAAACUUGUGCACUUGAAUUUUGACUGUACUUUCAUUUAUAUGGUGGACACAAAUAAGCAUAUUUUUAAUGGUCUGUGAAACAAAAUAGGGAACUCAAGUCAUCAUAUUUGGCCUUGUCAUGCUCUCCAAUCUUCUUCUGUGAUGGUUGCCUUUUUAAAAUCCGAUUUGAAUUGCACAGUUUUGUUACCGCCUUUCCAAUGGAACGUCCAAAAUAUGUUCUUUCUACAGUGUUUGUUUUGAUAAGCCCGCCUCAAUGUAAUUUCAACACAUGUUCAUUCUGAAAAGGAUCGCAUAAUUAUACAUAAUUGAUGUGGGGCGGAUUAUGGCAAUGAAUGUACAGUAAUCAACUAUUUCUCAGUGAAACGUGUGCCAGUAUAGAGCAGUGUUAACUGAAGCGCUAUACAUUUCCGUUGAACUAAGCUGUACAAACCCUGACCAUGUUUUACUGUCGUCUCCUCUCCUUAUCAACUCUCCUCGAUGUUCACUGAUCUGAAAGGAUGGGGGGAGAAUAUGGUUACGGAGGGAGGGAUUAUGGAAAGGAAGCUAUGGUAGAGUUUUGGUAUAUAGUCACAAUGAGACAGUCAGCCCUCAGUACUGUGUCUUGUGGCCAUACAGUCCAUCUAUGGCUGUGGCGGUAUGCUCCUGCAUGAUCAUGUUCCUCUCUUCACACACCCUCUAUAAAUGCAUGUGGUAUUGCAUGGAGAUCACUGUAAACAAAUAGCAAUUUUAUUGCAAGCUAUAUUUUGUUUCUUGUUUUGAAAUCCAUGUACAUGAUGUCUAAACCCCAUUAGUAUUCUUCUGUACUUGUUGUUCAUGAUGUUAUCCAGCGAUGAUGAUUGUGAACAUGUGAAACAACUGUGGCUAACACCCAGCACAGAAAUAUCCAAUUAGGGAAAUUAUACUUGAUAAUAAUCAGCACAGUUGCAAUAUGGGCAGUGCAAAUAAACAUGAAUACCUUACGUCUCGCAUUUCAUUGUAAUGGUGUAUUUCCUCAAGUAAUGGUCAUGUUUAUUAGUAAAAAAAAAACAAUAGAAGGUACACACCACUGGGGAUUGUACAAGAUAGGCUUUCAAAAUACUACUUUUCUCGUUUUGCAAGUUUUUACUGAAUGAAAGAUGGGGAAAUACAUUGUACAGAGAUGAUUCAGUGAACUGAGCCCUGGAUUGUUCAAAACAAUGUUUGGGUGAUGGCUGUUUACUUUUGUUGUUGAUCUUUGACAAUUACAUGUCAAAUCUGUAAAGAUAUGUGUUGCUUUUUAUGAUUUGAAUGUUUUUGUUUUUAUUACAAUGUUCCAAAUGUAAUGAAGAUAUGGGGUCCAAUGUUCACCCAAAGAGAGAAAUAUACUAGAAAACACUCAGCAGCACCCCUGACCGGUUUGUGGAAAGGGAACUUUUACAUGUUGGCAAAAACAUGAAAGUUUUCUAAUUGAAUUCACACUUGUUGUUCUUAAUUUUACACACCUGAUGCCAUUUGCCUGAGUAAAGCAAUAUGCAGCAUUUUAAGUGUCAAUAAAUAUUCAGAAUUAAA